AUGUACAGACUGGUUGAGCGCUGCCUUCGUUUCUGCAAUACUAAGCCGGUUCAUGUCAAUAUCGAUAAGUGCUUCUCCCGACUUUGGGAAUCAGCCUCUGCUCGGCCGGCCAGCCGGCUCGGAUUGGUGCAGAGCUCGGCCAAUCACCGGCGGCCAAUCAGUGAGCAAACUGCCCUGGCCGGCCAGACUGACAGACCGCCAGAUUGUAGAAAGCCCUGGCAAUUUAUCGUCAACACGCCCAGAGUUCAUACUCACAAAAGCAAAGUCUUCCGUACCUCCCAAGUUGGUGGCCAGUUCAUCCGCCGAGGCGAUGAACCACUGGCGCCAAUGGUUGUGCAGUGGAGUGGUGACGUCGCCACAAUACCUACGACACGGUAUCGAAUUCCGCCAGGACUGCUGAUGUCGAAACGGCGGUUUAGUCUGGAGGCUAUCGACUUUUUGGAGGCUGGAUUAAGUGAUAUUCAAUGGGAUCGUUAUGCCUAUUCAUUUCAACAAUCUAGUCGAUUCGUAAAAAGAGCUUAG